AUGAAAAGUGUGGAACAGUUAUUUCCUCAAUAUGAAAUUGUCAAUAUACUUAAAUAAAACUAAUUUAAGAAGUCAAUUAUAGUAAAAAGAAGUGGUUAUUAUUACAUGUUGAGAAUAUUUACAUUAGAAGGUAUUCCAAAAGAUAGAGUAUAAAGUAUAAUUAAAAUACUCUCUAAGUUAUCUAAUCAUAAAAAUUCACAUAUUAUUAAGUUUUAUGAAGCAUCUUUUGAUUAAGAUAUGAAAUAUUUAGGGUAUUAGUGUAAAUAUAUUUGAUGAUUAGAAUAGUAAGUGAUUAUUUGGAUAAAUAAUAUGAAUAUCCUAUGAAUGAACAAAUAAUUUGGAAGGUAAUAUAAGAAGUAUCAAUAUUAUUUAUAUAGAUAUCAUAAGCCUUAUAAUUAUAUCAUCCUAAAAGAGUUCAUGGGAAAUUGUAAUUAUCAAAUAUAUUUUAAACUCAAACAAAUACUAUAUUAGGAGAGAUGAAUAUUCUUUUUUAUUUACAUUAACAAAAUUAUACUGAUACAUAUUUAUUGGCUCCAGAAUUCAUCAGAACAUAAACAUAUAAUUAUAAAUCUGAUAUUUGGAUGAUUGGAUAUAUGUUAUAUUAGAUGAUGUUCAAAGAUCCAUUAAUAGUAGCUAACAAUGUUGAUGUUUUAUAAAAGAAAAUUCUAAAAGGAAUUCAUAUAACAUACAAUCCUAAUUACAGUCUUAAUUUAAAUAAUUUAUUAAAGUUGAUGUUAUGUUAUGAUCCUGAACUUAGACCUAAUAUUGAAUAAAUCUUUAUAUAUACCUAAUAAGCUUAAUGUUCUUAAGAUGAAAUCAAUUUGAAUAGAAUUCUACCAAAAUUUAAAAUAGAUAAAUUGGUAUUAUACAAAAAGAGAAUUGAAUAAAGACAAAAACCUAUUUAGAAUAUUAUAUAUUUAAGUUAAGAUCAUUACAAAUAACCUUAUUUCCCUCCUUCUAAGGUCAAAAAGUACAAUUAACAAUCAAAAUCUAAAUUACUUACUUCAGUUUCAGAUUUACAUUAUGUAUAAAAAACUAUGUAUUCAUUAUCAUUGCCAAAAGUAUUAAAUUAUUAAUUUAGUAAAUUAAAUAUUAAAGAGAGUCUUGAAUAAUUUGAUAUGUUAUUUAAUAUUAUUAUUAGAUUCUAGUCUAUAAACUAAAUAAUAGUAANACAUGUUGAGAAUAUUUACAUUAGAAGGUAUUCCAAAAGAUAGAGUAUAAAGUAUAAUUAAAAUACUCUCUAAGUUAUCUAAUCAUAAAAAUUCACAUAUUAUUAAGUUUUAUGA